UCCACUAAUCCACUCCAGUCUCGACUUCCGUCGGCGUGGCGUCCGGAUAAGGCUCGACCGCUACGUUACGAUAAUUCCUCCCCCCCUCGUGGUUUCUUGUGGUUUGAUUUCUGUGCAGUGAUUCUGUGAUAUUAUGUGCGACUCUGACAAAUGGACCGGAAUGUAAAGGGAGGCAGAUAGCGUGGACCACCGAGAUGGUUCAUUAUGAGCAGACAUGGACCAUUCCCUAUAGCACACCCUUCAACAAGAAACCCAUGGAGCGGGCAGCCCUGUUCAGAAUCUGUAUCGAGUUCUGCCAGCAGUCAGACAUACCAUGUCAUACCACCAAAUCAGUAUGUUCAGAUGGAACCGUACUGGGAGGAAGGGGGACCAUACGUUAUGGGCCAGUCCGUCCGCCACCCGCAAGAAGCCCUGUUGCCACAGCCGGGGGUGGCGACGUCGAUAGCCCCAACUGGUGUUUACCUCAUGCCGAAACAAAAUGUUCCCAGGCACCACUUCAGCGUUGCCUCAGAAAGCGUAGGAGAACGACGAUCCCGCCCAGAUUCUUCGCGCGCGAUCACACCAACCAGCGGCCACGGUGGUGGGACGACGGAAACUGCGGUCCUUCCCUGCGGCGGUCAUUGUGUAGCUCUAGAAACAUUUUGCCACCACUUCCUCCAAGUUGGAUUUGUGGCUGGAAUUCUGACGGGCAUCUGUUUAGUCGUUGCCGGAAUGGUGUUAGGUGGAAGUCGGAACGGUGAUUUAGGGGUCCUCACCUACAUCGGCGUCCUGACGUCGCUCGUCUCCGCUCUUCUUCUGUCCAUACAGUGCUGUUCGAAAACGAGGCCGAGGCAGCGGAGGCACCGCCCGGUGCGCGAGGAGAUACCGAUGAGGGAUCUGCCACCACUCCAGCCUUUACUAACCAAAAUAGUACACCAGCAGAUUUCACACGACCAGCAUCAGUUCAGGGAAGAAUGCGGAAUACCUUGGUGGAGAAGAGAAAACCCCAGCGCUUACUAGGAUUUUCGCUUUUGAUCAGAAAAUUUUUAAAAUAUCCAAAGACGAAAAGUAGUAGAAAUUAAUUCCACUGCUUCAUGUUCUACCUUUAAUUGCAUUGACUAAUUUAAAUUCUAGGUUUAAUUUACAACGUUGUAAAUAAUUUUACUGGAUAGGAAUAUAUUGUAAUAUUAUUUAUUGCGCUUUGAGCGUCGUUUGCUUGUAACUAUUUAAAUAAUUUUUUGUGUAAAAAUAAUACGCGGAAUUGAAAUGUGAAAAAGUUAUA